AUGGCUUCAGGGAGCCCAGAGAACAACGGUCAGCCCACUGGCGAACACGAGCUCGAAGAGAUGGGAGACAAGAAGGCGAAUGUGCCGCUUGAGGAGGAUAUCAUGCAGCUGGCACGGUUGGGGGAGAUAUCGGCGAUACAGAAGCUAUUUGAUAGCGGCAAGUACGAUGCAACGUACAAGGACGAACAGGGCAUUACGCCGCUUCAUUGGGCUGCAAUCAACAAUCAUUACGCCUUAUGCCAUUUCCUAACACAAAGCGGCGCGAACAUCAACGCAAAAGGCGGAGACGCUGUUGCGACGCCGGUGCUGUGGGCUGCGAAGCGGUGCCACUACUACAUCGUCAACCUCCUCCUCGAGCACGGUGCAGACCCGCUGCUUACCGACGAUCAAGGCUUCAAUCUCCUGCACUCCGCUACCCUCGAUGGCAACGUCUACCAACUCGUCCUCCUGCUACACCAAGAUAUCCCGGUCGAUAUACCAGAUGCGCAAGCGCAUACGGCGCUCAUGUGGGCGGCAUACAAAGGAUACCCUUCGUGUGUGGACCUUUUCCUGCGAUGGGGCGCAAAUGUCUAUGCGACAGACGACCAGGGCUUCACAGCUCUGCAUUGGGCGCUGGUCAAAGGCUCACAAGGCUCCAUCCAGAAGCUCCUCGAGUAUGGCGCAGACCGAUUCGCGAAAAACAAUGACGGGAAGACGCCAGCCGUCACCGCUGAGGAGAUGAACACAGUCCGACAAUGGCAUGCAGCCCUAUCGCAAGCAGGCUACAACAAGGACGGGACUUCCAAGGAGUUCCCGAUACCCAGGAUCAAAGACACACGAUGGUUCAUUUCUAGAUUUAUGUUCUUCUGGCCUUUUCUAAUCAUUCCGAUUGCAUUGUAUUUGAUCAGCCAAUACCCGGUCUAUGUUGGGCUUCCAUUGGCGUUUGGCAUCGCAUACGGCAUGCAGUGGGCAGCGCAGAAACUUCUGAGUUGGGCUCCUGCCAACAUGCGGAACAUACAACAUACCCCCUUCUUAGCCGGUAUUUUCGCCGGUACGUUGUUCUGGGUCGGUGCACGUUGGGUAACGACCGUUUUGCCUUGGACGUUCCGAACAAAUUUCUUCCUUAAUGUGUUAUUCGCAGCAUUUUACGCAUCGACAACAUAUUUCUACUUCUUCACCAUGUCUUCAGACCCCGGUUUUGUGCCAAAGUCAGCGAGCAGGAGCGCGUCUAAGGCAGUCAUUGAUGAGCUUAUGGAACUACGGAGAUUCGACGAAAAUCAUUUCUGUGUCAACUGUAUGGUGCGGAAGCCACUUCGGAGCAAGCAUUGCAAGCGAUGCGAACGUUGUGUGGCAAAGACGGACCACCAUUGUCCGUGGGUCAACAACUGCGUUGCGAACAACAAUCACCGUCAUUUCGUGUUCUACGUGCUUUCUAUGGAACUAGGCGUGCUUGCCUGGAUCCGCUUGGUCCUUGCUUAUCUGGAAAAUGAACGCCUCGAAUCACCAAAAGACGUCACCUGCAAUGUCCUGUCCGACGACCUCUGCAGAAUACUUCACAAAGAUCCCUUCACCAUCGUCCUGAGCAUAUGGGCCGCAUUUCAGCUAACCUGGGUGACAAUGCUCCUCUGCGUCCAACUCCUCCAAGUUGCCCGCAACCUCACCACCUACGAAAGCAUGCGCGGUCAUCUCCACAGCAACACCGCCGCCGACGCACUGAACUCUUUUGUCACCACCGGUGACACCUCGCAAGACGUCGCAGGCGGCAACGCGCCUGCUCCCGGCUUCGGCUCCGGCCAGGACACAGACGAUGCACCGCGACCCCGCCACCAACCACACUCCAUCUGGGACCAAUGGAAGCGUCUUUUGGGAAUCGACUCUUUCUGGGCCACGGCGCUACAGGGUUCGCAGGCGGAUCAGCGCAGGCGUGUGGGAGGGAAUCCCUGGUCAAGAGGUAUUAUCACGAAUUGUAAGGACUUUUGGUGCGAUGGCGCCCCGGUAUUUAAGAAGAAGGAAAGUGGGUUCGCGAGGUUGGCGGGGGAUAGGGUUGAUUAUACAAGGUUGUAUGAGGUGCCGAAGAUGAGGUAUACAAGGGGUGGGGGGAGUUACGAGCAGGUUAGCGCGCAGGAAGAACAGGUUUAG